AUGAAUAAUUCAAACUUUAGUUUAGUCUUGCAAAUGACAGAUCAAAUAAAUAAUAAUAUUGAUUUAUAUGGUUUGAUCAAUGAAAUCGAUUUCUUUGGUGGAAUCGAGUAUGAUUACGAUGAUUUCGAUAAUGAUAAAUUGAAGAACAACAUCCGGGUGGAACCAGUAGAGUGUAGAUUCAAUCUGUUGCUUCAGAGAAAGAUAAUAGAGUAUAUGUGGCAUGAUAAAUCAUUGUUGCUUCCGUAUCGAUUGAAAUUGGGUUUGGUUUGUCGAGCGUGGUUCGAGUCUGUCUCUGCGCUAUUCAGUAAGAAUUCAUACUUUGCAGUGACAAGAGCGAAUAGUAGUGUAAAUUCAUCGCUGACAAGCUAUUUACCACAUCUUGCCAAUGCCUAUUGUCCAAUGAAGUAUGUUAGUUCGAUCGUGAAAACGAGCUAUUAUAUACCCGAUAGUAUCGACCAAAUCAGUGGCAUUCAUCAAGACAACAAAAUCGAUUAUUUCAAACUCGGUCCUAUCUACUCGACUGUUCAGAAUCUCGAGUUGGAUUUCAAUUCGUCGCCGCCACUAGUGAACGUUCAACAAACGGUUUCCAACUUUAUGAAAUUCUCAAACACAACAGAUCCGAAAACCAAACAAACCGUUGAGAGAGCAUCGCUUCGCAGCCUAAAGAUUUCAUAUCUUGGUUACCAACAAAGUCAAGGUUAUCACACCAACACUAAAGCAACCAAUGUCAUAGAGACAGUUCUGGUGGUUCUCUCGCCAGUCCUGAAAGAUCUCGAAAGUCUGACGAUCCACACCAGAUUUUGUAAAUUCGAAUCGAAUGGACUGAUCAAGUUUUUCGAUAACCAUCCUAAUCUCACCUCCCUUACACUCAAUAUCGAUUGUAAUUUGCCAUUCAAUAAAGCAGUGCUAUCGCAUCUACCGAAAAACCUAAAACAUCUCGCUACCAACCUUACAGUGGAGUUGGAACAACUUGCCAGCCACGAAAAGCUAGAGAGUGUUACUAUCACCAGAGCAAAUUUGCUUAACCAAUCGCAUUUCGAGAAGAUUCCCAAUGGAAUGACACAAGUAAUGAGAACAAACAGUAACAUCAAAACAAUUACACUGCCGUCGGGACUGCCAGUAGAUAUCGAAACAAUCGACAUCUUCUCAGGUUCUAGCCACUUGAAUGAAUUCUACAUUGAAAUUACCGAUCCAAAACCAAUACCAUCACCAACCCCAAAUCCACUUACACUCAAAUUCCAUUCGAAUUUGAAGAAACUACAGAUUGACUGUCAGCUGACAUCACCGCUAAAACCUGAACUAAUGGAUAUUGGAUUGACUAGCAACGCUUUGGUAAACCUUGAAAAACUGGUUAUCGGCAAAGAGUAUUGGCAUAUCUUUGAUCUGGUUGUAGCGUUUGUCAGAACCAGUAAAUCACUGCGACACUUGGAACUUAAUGAACCAGCACCCAGACAGAGCAAAAACAAAGUAAACUACAACGACCUGUUAUCAGCAAUCACAGAAAACAAUGACAAUCAACUAUCAUUUAUGAAAAUCGAUCACUUUGUUUCUAGGUCGAACGAGCAUGAACUUAUUAAAUUCCUAACACACACAAACACCAGAUAUCUCUGUCGUAUGCAAUGCCAUCACCUCAACAUCACCGAGAAAGACACCAUCAGCAGUCUCAAUCAAAUCAAUCAGAAAUUGAAUCUAUCAUUCUCUGUAGCUGGAAUAUUUCAAUAUGUAGAGGUUGAUAUAGAUAAAAUAUCUCUUCUACUGACUUGUAAGAGAAUAUUUGGAAAUCGAGCAAAGAUCGAAUUUAGAUUGUUGGGCUGUCUUUUGAAUUUAGAACAAAUGGAUGAACAUUGUCGUUUGGAAUCAUUCAAAUCAUCGAUAAUCAGAUCAUUAAAGUAUAAAUUGAGUGUGAAACAGUUUGAAAAAGAGAGAUCUGAUGCCUAUACAAGAAAAUUGGAACUGUUCGACUCUUUGAUUGGUCUGGAUAGCACCACUUCCACCAACACCACCAACGUCGCAUUCAAACCACCACUGGAAGUCUCUGACCUACUGGCACUCUCUUCCGAUCCUGCAUUCCAAUCGUCGCCAUCGGCAGCCAGGAACUACCAGAAAAGCUUCCGAGCACUGAGAGAUCUAAAGAAACGUGUUAAUGAUCUUGAAGGUGGUAAUAGUAGUAGUAAUAGAAGUAAUGAAAGUUCACAGUUUUCCAAGAUAUUGGAGCUGGAUGAUGCUAUCAAUCCAAAGAGUACAUCGUUUGUCGUCGAUGACGAAUCUUUCAGUAGGGUUCCGCCCGGAACUACUCAUCUCACUUUCAAUAGCAAGUUUGAACGGUUCAUAUCGCCAUCUUCGAUUCCGGCGACAUUGACUCACCUGACAUUCGGUCAUCAAAUAAGAUAUUUAGAUAAUAACAAUGUAUUCGUUUUGAAUCAACAAUUUAUGGGUGGAUUCAUUUCAAACACUGAAAACUUUAACUUUGUAGAUAUAGCGAAAUCAUUAGAAUCUAGAUAUCAACAACAAUCGAAAUAG